UACGCUCGAGGUUCGUUGUCAGUUUUGCUUCAACCCCAACCCAAACCAGAUCAAGCGUGUUCCCUCCAGACCAGACAAUCAGACCGAUCGGAGAUACGGGUACAAAAUGCUGAAAUUCAAACUGUGUGGAAGCGUGGCUGUGCUGUACGUGCUUAUCGGAAUGGUCCACACGACUGGCUUCUACAUCGACAACGGUGUCGAUCAAACCGUCCGGGAGAAAAGCGUAGAGCUGCAAGAACGACAAGAAAUCGAGCACGAAAUUCUCGAACUGCUGGGUCUUCCGGAUCGUCCCAACAAACAGCAUGUUCAUCCUUCUCUCAGGAAAUCAGCCCCACAGUUCCUGCUUAACAUUUACCACAAAUUCACGGAAGAGUUAAACGGCGGUCACACACGUCGGAAACGGUACGCGGACGGUAGCAAUCUCUUCACGAUCGCCGACGAGCGUGCCAUUGGCGAGAGUGACGUGAUCAUGUCCUUCCUGAACAAAGCGAACCGUCAUCUGCCCAAGAUCCGGCAUCACCGCGGAGGACAUCGCCUGUGGUUCGACACGUCGGAGAUCGGUGCCGGUGGCGAUAAUAACAAUCAGCUGCUGUACGCAAGUUUGCGCAUGUACAAAAACCGUACCACCGAGCGGCCCUGGGACGCGAUCGUGCGCGGUCGGCAGAUAGUCGUGAGGGCCUCGCUGAUCGGUGGAUACGACGCGGUUAAAGAUGGACACCGGUUGGAGUACAUCGGGGAACAGUCCGUCCCCUACAACUACGAGGGAUGGGUUGAGCUUAACGCUACGCAGGCCAUGCAAAGGUGGAUCGUAGAUCGAGUGGCAAACAAGGGCAUCUUUGUGGAGGUAUACUACGCGGAGAGUCCUCGCAAGGACAUUCUACCGCACGAGGUAGGUUUGAUCCUGUCGAACCGUUUCGGACGCUAUCAACCGUUUCUGGUAGGUUACUGCAAGGGACCGGAGCUAGUGAAACCAACCGCAUCAAUCACCGGCGGUAGCUUGGGUGGAGGACGAACGAAACGUAGCACCCGGCGUGGCAACAAGGGCGGCACCGGUGGCAAACGUUCCGAGCGCGUCCGAAAUCCUUUCCUCGAACGAUUUGGCGCCGCGUCGGAACGGCAAAAGAGCUGUCAAAUUCAAACGCUGUACGUUAGCUUCCGGGACCUGAACUGGCAGGACUGGAUCAUCGCACCGGACGGGUUUGGGGCGUUCUUUUGCUUCGGCGAGUGUAACUUCCCACUCAACUCACACAUGAACGCCACGAACCAUGCGCUCAUACAGACGCUGGUCCAUCUGAUGCAUCCGACCCGCGUGCCGAAACCGUGCUGUGCGCCAACCAAGCUGAAUCCGAUCUCGGUCCUGUACCACAUCGAUGACGCUAACAUUAAUCUAAAAAAGUACAAAAACAUGGUUGUGAAAAGCUGCGGUUGUUUGUAGGAUAUAAGGUAACAGGGAGAAGUUACCAGUGACAUCGAAUGCAACGAAUGGGUGGGACUUGGGGGCAUACAUUAAGUUCGCUUUUAAGCUAGGCACUAAAACACAACCGCGCUAGGGUAGUAGUUAGUUGAUUUUGUAAUUUUAUUUUCGUUUUUCUUUAAACUUGUUCCAUCUACCCCGUCAAACACUGCGCCGUGUGACAACCCUUUUGGGAAAUAUACCGUACAGCUUAUCGGCAAGCACAACCCGCGA